AAGAGCCUCGCUUCAGCCCCGUGCGGCAGGGAAGCACGCCUCUGCGCCCUACUUAUGCCUGAGAAUCCAGCCAUGUCAGCACACCGACGACUUGACUUGAACGGGCACCAUCUGCGUCCGCCAAUAUGGUGCAAAUCGUCCAGGUCGUCUUGUCUUUUCUCUCAAUCUCCUUGCCGUGGUCCCAGCAACCACCACAGCCUAUAGUCGACACUUUCCUGGGAGCGCUGUCUGCCGACUCGCCACAAUCGAACGUCACCAAGUCCAUAGCUAUCAUUGGCGCAGGCAGCGGCGGCCUCGCGAUCCUCAAGACCCUGCUCGACCUCCCAGAGGAGACUCGCUCAACAUGGGAGAUCGUGCUUUACGAGCAACGCCGUGAUGUCGGCGGCGUGUGGCUGCCUGACCCGCAGCCACCUCAUCCACCAUCACUUCCAGAGACCCCAUUGUACCCGCGUCUACACACGAACACACCUCACCCGACGAUGACCUAUCCAGGCUUCACCUUCCCGCCGGGCACACCGCUCUUCCCGUCGCAUGAGUACAUGUGGCAGUACCACGUCGACUACGUCGCGCACUUCAACCUUACGCGCUUCAUACACCUGAACCGGACCGUGCUUGCUGCAGGCUGGAAGGGCAGCAGCAGGCAGGGUAAGUGGGUCGUCGACGUCGGGCGUACGGACCGUCCAGACGACGUGGAACAGCGGACGUUCGACCACCUGAUUGUCGCGAACGGGCACAAUCACUACCCGCGCGUCCUACAUUGGAGUGGCGAGGACGACUGGGUUGGCAAUACGCCACUCGGAAAACCUAAGCGCCAGAUCCUGCAUUCGAUAUUCUAUCGCGAACCUGAAGAUUACAUCAACAGGACGGUAGUGGUGGUCGGUGGCGGUGCUAGUGGACGAGAUGCUGUACUGCAAGUCGGCGCGUUGACCAAGACUUAUCAGUCGUUGAAGGAAGGGAGCUCCCCACCUGACGGCGCACAAGUCACUGUCAAGCCUCCGAUAUCUCAUUUCACGAUCGACUCUGUCGUCUUUACCGACGGUAGCUCCCUGAUCAACGUCGACUCGAUCAUCCUGGCUACCGGCUACCAGUUCCUCGUUCCCUUCCUGUCCCGCAUCCCAAAGGACUCCGGGAUCAACACUCCAGCACUGAUCACGUCCCCGACGACGACGGCCAACUCAACAAGUGCAUCAGCACUGACGACGAACCUGCGGUACAUAUUCCCGUUGUACGAGCACAUGUUCAGCCUGUCGCCCGCCUUCCCACCGACGGCGCUGAGCUUCGUCGGGCUUCCCGUGCUCAUCGCAAACUGCCCGUCCGACCGCGCCCAGGCGCUCUUCAUCUCGCACGCGCUCGCGGACCCGUCCGUGCUGCCGUCGCGCGCGGACAUGCUCGCGCGCCUCGUGCGGCGCGAGGCGGUGCUGAGCGCGCACGGCUUCGACCCGUACUACGUCGGGCACAAGAUGCUCGGCGGCGACGACGAGGCGCAGGCGUACCAGAACGCGCUGGUGCGGUUCCUGAAGCGGCGCGGCCGCCUGCCGGACGACGGCCGCGACUACGUCGAGGCGUGGCGCGUGAUGGCGCGCAAGCAGUCGUCUGUGCUGUCCCGCGCGUGGUCACGCGUCGAGACACGCGGAGAGGAGGCGACCUGGCUGGAUGGUGUAGAGACUGAGGGCGAGUGGGCGGAUCUGAUGUUUAGGCUUGUGGACUGGCAGACGGAGUGGGAAAAGGAGCAUGGACAGGGCCCCAGUACCUAUGCAUGAUGUGUAGCGUUUCCCCGUAGUAUUGUUUAGCAUUUAUCCAUUCCGAGCGCAUAACGACGUGUAUCGGUAAGGCAUGCACGUGGGAAAUAUAUGUCGCGAUG